UUUACCUAAUCAAAACUUCUUUAACACAUUUUCAUCUAUUCAUUUUUUGUAUAACAAUAUAAUAUGUAUCAUAUACAUUGAAAUCGUGAAUAAAUUUUGAAUUGGACAAACAAUCCCUUAAAAACGUGAGAUAAGUAGAAACAAAAUUGUAGUUUGAGCAUUCCGCAUAAUCUUCGUGACUAAAAGUUUUCUUCAAUUUACCCUGUGAGGGAAUUCAGAAGGUACUUUGAAAAAUAAUUUAUCCGGAAAGCAGCUCAACUGCAAAUUAAGAGCGAGCGAGCGAGCGAGAGAGAGAAUACGGCACAGAGAAGCAAAGAAUGACUUCCUCCUCUGAGGCGAGGCGAGGCAUCAAUCAAUCAUCUACGGAUGGACAUGGUAUUUGCAUAUUUGCAUAGCAUUGCAAGCACCACUGCAUUUUUCCUUGGAUUGGAUGCCCAAAGCCAACGCAAGAAUCUGUGGAAUUUCUUCCCUUUAUCGAUGGGUCCUCCCUUCCACCCUAGCAGGGAAAAGUAAAAUCAUCCCUAGUUUCUUUUUUUUUUUAAUUAAAAUAAUAUUUGAUAAUAUAACUAUUAAUUUUUUUUGAAACAUAUAUAAAUUCAAAUAGUAAGGAACAAUCCCUGGAUGAUACCAUGCCCGUCGCCCGUCCAUAUUCCACGAGCUCCAUAAAAGGCAAACAAAGAAGCCACAACACCCCCGGCGUACGUGUUGGGUGGGUGGGAUCCAUUAAUUAUAUGCUAUUGCUAGUGUAGUGAGUGAGUGCGAUGCACUGCCUUGCUGCAUCCCUAUUUUCAUCUUCAUUUUUAUUUUUAUUUUUAUAAUGGUUGAGGUGGUUCAAUAAUCAGUACUAGAUUAGUUUCGCAAACUAAUCAAUUGUGUCCUCUACCUAUAAUCUCCGACUUGUGUUUCUGCCUGCCGCUGCCCGGUGUUGGAUAUUCAUUUUCGGGUUUCUGCGGGGGUCUCAUUCUAAAUUUAACCCACCUUAGAAGAGAUGGGUUUGCUCACGAAUAGAGUGGAGAGGAAUGAGAUCAAGCCUGGGGAUCAUAUCUAUACUUACAGAGCAGUGUUUGCCUACUCUCACCAUGGUAUCUUUGUUGGGGGUAGCAAAGUGGUUCAUUUCACCCGUGUUGAAGGCUCGUCCACAUCAGAUCGCGAAGCAUACAGCCCGGAUGCGCAAUGCCGAACGUUUCCAGACUGUGGCUUUAGGCAGCCAAACAGUGGGGUCGUUCUCUCCUGUCUUGAUUGCUUCCUUCGAAACGGUUCCCUGUAUUCCUUCGAGUAUGGAGUCAGCCCGUCUCUUUUUAUCGCUAAGGUGCGUGGAGGCACCUGCACAACUGCUGCCUCCGACCUAGCUGAGGCCGUUGUUCAUCGUGCAAUGUACCUGCUCCAAAAUGGAUUUGGGAACUACGAUGUGUUUCAAAACAACUGCGAGGAUUUUGCGCUGUACUGCAAAACUGGACUCCUCACAAUCGAUCGUCUGGGAGUUGGAAGAAGUGGACAAGCUUCGUCGGUCAUUGGUGCGCCACUGGCUGCUCUUCUUUCCACACCAUUGAAGCUGCUGAUGCCCAGUCCAGUUGGCGUGGCUACACUGACUGCUGGAAUGUACUGCAUGAGCAGAUACGCAACGGAUAUAGGAGUCCGAACGGAUGUCAUCAAGAUAGACGUAGAGGACCUUGCUGUCAACCUUGGCUGGCUCGGGAAUAACACUGAAGACCCAGCUUCAGGAGCUGCAAAUUCUAACAGCCAACUUAUUAGACAAAACUACAGCAUGGUAUUGAAUCACUCUGAAAAACUCCUCUCCCUCCAGUCCUGACUAAAGAUUGAUACUCGAACUCGAUUAAUUCUGUCGAGAUCAUGUUUAUUAUUACGAUCGACACCAGUUUGCCUCCGCUGUACAGUAACAAAGGUAUUACAAUGUCCUGUUAAA